AUGGCGUUGGUACUGCUGGUGUUGCUCAUACUAUUGUGUGAUACUGUCUCUAAGAAACCUUCCAUUAACUGCAUCACAGAUGUUGACCCUCUUCCUCUUCCUCAUGAAUUUUAUCAGCCUGGUCUCCUUGUCAUUGGUGAGAUAGCCUCUCAGGUCUUAUACUUGUUCGAAACUCCCUCUUUCAAGGAGCAGCCCACACAGAUGCUGAUUAAUGAACCCAUGUCAGUGCUCAAGAACUACCAGCACAUCUUGGCUUUGGCAUUUGCCAUAAAAGAGAUCAACGGGAACCCCAACAUCUUACCAAAUAUUACUUCGGGCUUCCAUGCCCUCAACAGCUACUACAAUGCAAGGAUAACCACCAAAGCCACUCUAAGUUUGCUUUCCACACGACAGAGGUUUGCCCCCAACUUCAAGUGUGGCAUAAAGAGAAAACUGAUAGCCAUUACUGGAGGACUGGAUUCCGAAACCUCAGUCAGUGUAGCCACCAUUAUUGCCAGCUACAAAAUGCCACAGUUCACCUACGGAUCAUAUUCCCCAGCACAGAAUGACAAGACACAGUUCUCUUCCUUAUACCAGAUGGUCCCAGAAGAAGCCUAUCAAUACAUGGGAGUUGUUCACUUACUUCAGCACUUUAGUUGGAUGUGGAUCGGGCUCUUAGCUGUGGAUGAUGACAGGGGUGAUAGGUUUUUCCAAACUAUGAUACCACUGCUGUCCAAAAAUGGCAUCUGCGCCGCCUUUGCUCUCAAAUUACCAAAACUGACUUAUCUGAGUGAUUUGACGGACUUGGUUGUAAAGCAGGCGGAAAAGUCCAAAGUGCUUUAUGACGACAAAGUCAAUGUUUGUUUUGUAUACGGAGAACCGCCAUCUGUGUAUGUUCUGAGGCUGUUGUUUUUUCUAUUUCCUUUAAUCUCACUUCAGCCUAUACAUAAGGAAUGGAUUGUUACCUCCCAGUGGGAUUUCAGAUCAGUGUCCUAUCAAAAGAUUUGGGAUAUAGAAAGCCUCCAUGGUGCCAUAUCCUUCACUGUUCAAUCCAAAGAACUAUCAGGAUUCCAAACAUUCCUUCGAGCCAUAAACCCUUUUGGGGGGAAAGGAGAUGGUUUUAUCAAGGACUUCUGGGAGCAGGCAUUCAGCUGUUCCUUGACAUUUUCCAACAUUCAUUCUGAAAGCCGGAACAUUUGCACGGGGGAGGAGAAACUGGAGAAUCUUCCUGGAAUUUUCUUUGAAAUGCGCAUGACUGGCCAUAGCUAUAAUGUCUACAAUGCUGUCUAUGCUGUGGCACAUGCUUUGCAGUCCUUCAACUUAUCCAGAUCCACCCACAGAAGAAAUGUAGACAUUCAGCUUCUGUUUCAGAAUGUGCAGUCGUGGCAACUGAACAACUUUAUCAGGAGCAUCACGUUCAACAACAGUGUGGAUGAGGCCAUUCAUUUUAACGAAAAUGGGGAACUGAAAGCUGGUUUUGAUAUUACAAAUUGGGUAACUUAUCCAAACGGUUCCUUCAUUAGAGCAGAAGUGGGAAGAUUUGAUCCUUGGGCUCCUCCAGGAAAAGAAUUCACUAUUCAUGAUUAUCAGAUUGUGUGGCACAGAACAUUUAAUCAGGUUCUACCACUUUCUGCCUGCAGUAAAAAGUGCCUUCCUGGCUACAGCAAGAAAAAGAAGGAAGGAGAAGAAUUUUGCUGCUAUGACUGUGAUCCAUGCCCAGAAGGGAUGAUCUCUGAGCAGAUGGACAUGGAUAGCUGUGCCAAAUGUCCACAAGAUCACUAUUCCAAUUACUGCCACAACCAAUGUAUUCCCAAAGAUAUAAGCUUCCUUUCUUAUGAAGAACCAACUGGUAUCAUAUUUGCCACCUUGGCUAUUUCUUUCUUUCUGGUCACAGUAUUGGUGUUUGGAACAUUUGUGAAGCACCAGGACACUCCCAUAGUCAAAGCCAAUAACAGAAGACUUACUUAUAUUCUUCUAAUUUCCCUUGCACAUUGCUUCCUCUCUUCUUUGCUGUUCAUUGGGAAGCCUGGAAAGGUGACCUGCCUUCUGCGGCAAACAAUUUUUGGCAUCGUAUUUUCGGUAGCUAUUUCUAGUGUGCUGGCCAAAACCAUCAUUGUAGUUAUGGCUUUCAUGGCUACCCAACCAGGAUCUAGGACAAUGCCACUGGUAGGCAAAAGACUGGGAUAUUUUGUCGUCCUCUUUUGUUCCCUUGUUCAAGCAGGAAUUUGUGUACUUUGGUUAAGUACUUCUCCUCCAUUCCCAGAUAAGGACAUGCAUUCAGCACAUGGAAUAAUCACACUGGAAUGUAACGAGGGUUCAGUGGCCAUGUUUUUCUGUGUCCUGAGUUACAUUGGGUGUCUAGCCAUUGUCAGCUUCAAAUUUGCUUUCUUAGCCAGGAAGUUACCUGACAGUUUCAAUGAAGCCAAAUUUAUCACAUUUAGCAUGUUGCUCUUUUGUAUUGUUUGGCUGUCUUUUAUCCCAACUUAUGUGGACACUAAGGGGAAGUCCACGGUGGUUCUGGAAAUCUUCUCCAUCUUAAUCUCUAGUGCUGGCUUAUUGGGUUGCAUUUUUUCUCCCAAAUGUUAUAUCAUUGUGCUUAGGCCUGAGCUAAACAACAGGAAACUACUAAUAAAGAGGAAAACAUGA